GUCCAAACUAGUGGACCAGAGGAUCCUCGUAUUUAUCGGCUAAGCUUCGAAUGCAACAAAUUGCUUCCUUCCUUCGUCGUUCAACGAGCUUGCCAAAUCCGUUCUUCUUCUUCGAGAGAUCGUUAAUUCCCGUCGUAAGGAAAUCAUCUUCAAGCUUCAAUUCGAUUUUAGGUUUUCGUUGCCUUCUUAGAGGGCUAUGGGCCGAUGGCUACGGUUCGCGGCCCUGGUUAUUGUCAGCUUGUUCGUCGUUUCCGUAGGAAGAGAGAUCAAGAUCAAUUAUGAGGACGAACUGCCUGUCUACAAUCAUACCCUCGCGAAGAUAAUUGUUGAAUAUGCUUCAGCUGUCUACAUUACAGAUUUGACGGAACUUUUUACAUGGACUUGCUCAAGGUGUGAUGAUUUUACAAAGGAAUUUGAGGUGAUAGAGCUUAUUGUUGAUAUCCAGAACUGCUUACAGGCAUUUGUUGGAGUUGAUCCUGAUCUGAAUUCCAUUGUUAUUGCAUUCAGAGGCACACAAGAACACAGCCUACGAAAUUGGAUUGAAGAUUUGUUCUGGAAGCAGCUAGAUCUUAAAUACCCUGGAAUGCCUGAUGCAAUGGUGCACCAUGGAUUCUACUCUGCUUACCACAACACUACAUUGCGCCAAGGGAUUUUAAAUGCCAUUCAAAGAGCUAUUGAUAUUUAUGGAAAUAUCAGUAUAUUUGUUACAGGUCAUUCAAUGGGAGGAGCUCUGGCUUCCUUUUGCGCACUGGAUCUAGCUGUUAAUCAUGGAAUGACAGACAUUCAACUUACGACGUUUGGACAGCCUCGCAUAGGCAAUGCUGCUUUUGUCCGUUAUUUCGGCAAACGCGUGCCACAUACUGUUCGUGUGACUCAUGCAAAUGAUAUUGUGCCACACUUACCACCAUAUUAUUCUUAUUUUGAAAGGAGAACAUACCAUCACUUCCCUAGAGAGGUUUGGCUCCAAGAUACUGAAAUAGAAGGCACCACUCGCACAAUUGAAAAACUGUGCGACGACUCUGGAGAAGACCCUUAUUGCAGCAGAUCUGUGUCCGGAAACAGCAUAGCAGACCACCUCAACUACUAUGGAAUUGCUUUAAAAGCUGAUUCUUGGGGCUCUUGCAGAAUAGUAAUGGGAACUCGAGCAGAAGUACAAUACAAUGUUGAUUACAAUGGCAACAUUAGGUUAUCAAGGGAUCCUACUCUCAGUUUGUCAAAACAAAUUUACCUGUAAACACUGAAAGCGUAGAUGGCAUCAAAUCUCCUGCAUGACCGUCCUCUUAUAAUGCCCAAGUUAAGGGCUGUUUAUAUUAUAUGGUGUUUUUUUUUUUUUUUUUCGUUUUCUAUUCUUUUGCCUUAUUUCAUAAAAUUUGAAAAAUGUAUACGUGUAUAUAAGUUGAGCGAAAUAUGGCUGGACUAUUUAAAUUGUUCUCGUUAUUGAAUA